AUGUCCAACUUAGUGAAAACCCUGAAUUCAGGUUUCCAAUUUCCACCGGUAACACACUCUGCCUGGUUGUACCCAUACAGAUGGGUACAGUAUUUGCUUGCGUCCGUCGUUGUUCUUAACAAAAGUGUUCUAUGUGCCGAUGCGCGGAGGGUUAGCAGCUCUGGGAGAUCGAGGGGAUCAAGGAUUGCAGCAGGAGCUAUCGCUGGUAUAGUUAUUGCUAUCGUUGUUGCUCUUCUGCUACUUUGUAUUUGUGCAUGCCUCUGCCUUCGUAGGCGCCGCCGUGCCACUGGUGCUGGAAUGCAGCCUCUUGCUUCCGGGGGAUAUGGGACUGGCAGAUUUGGGCUAGGUCGCUUUGGCAGGUCUGGAGGAAAUCGUGCCGCAGCACAGAACAGUGCAGCUCCAUCCAUGGGACAGGCCAACAAGGGCCCGGGUACUCAAGGAAUAGCAAUGCCAGAACCGACUCACGGAGGUGCACAUGGCCACUUCAAUGCAGGACAGCAAAAUUAUGCACCUCCUUCCGUCCCGCCGCCGUACCAACAAGCAUAG